AUGAAAGACAAGCUAGACACGCGCACGCUCCGGCCUCGGCGCCCGCUGGCAAAGAAAGCGGCGGCGGCAUCGUCCAAUGCAGUCCCAGACGACGAUGGCCCCGGGCGGCGAGGCACGCGCUGCCAGCUGGCACGGCCCGACCGUGCCAAAGCGCGCUUCCUGUACCACCAGUGCGACCUUGGCAUGCACGACAUUGCGCUAGUUCUCAAGUCAACGGAGGGGGUGGUGGGUGGGGCGGUGCGGAACCGCUACAAGGUACCGGACAAUGAGCUGGACGACGAGCUAUACUUGGACGAGGCGUUCAAGCGGACUUACCUGCACUUCAAGGACGAUGUGGAGGUGCUGCCUGGGGUCGAGGGCGGGGAAGGGCAUUCACGCAUGCGGCGCUUCAGCGACAGUCCUCUGUCAGAAUACAAUUACGACCUUCCUGACUUUGACUAUGGCGAUAAAACACUUGUUCGGAAAAGUUCGCCCGAAGCACCCUCUAAGUCGGCAGGCAGCCCUAUGAGUGACUCGCAUGCACCAUCUUCCCCACCAUCCCACUUCUUUGGCGCACUCGAUGACCCACUGCCACGUAGUACGAGUCCCCUCUUCAGCCCGUUGCCUUCGCCAGACCCUCCCGAUGCUCUUGUCGAAUUUCUUGCACAUGAUAUCUCGCCGCACCUCUCACUUCUUCACCAUUGCGGCCUUUUCCGGCUGGUUGGAAUCAGCAUGCCCGAGUUGACGGCGAUGGCGGCGUGGACGCGUGCCGAGGUAGUCGAAACGCUCGACAGGCUUCUCACCACCUGGCCCAUUCCCGAAAGCCACCCCGUCCCCAUCGCUCAUGACGGCUUGACGGCGUUCGAGCGCAUCGCACUGGCCAACGCUGUGGGUACCAUUCCCGUCGACGAGCCGGAUGCAUUGGCACCGGUGAUGCCUCAGACGAUUGAAGACUUCAUCGAGCGACCAAUGCCUGGUCUUCCUGCGGGCGUGUCGCUGCAGCACCACCACGACUUGAUUUUCCUCACGGGCUUGAAGACAGUUGAUGAGUUGUCAACCAUGGCGGGUUGGACAGAUACACGGGUGCGGGAUGCGCUGGCGACGAUGUACUGGGGGUCGAUGAGUCCGUUUGAGCUCGUGCUAUUCGAGCUGGGGGUGAGGAGGUUGCGCCAGGCGUAA